AUGGCUGCAGCCAACCUGAGCCUCUCAAACCCCACCACCUUCCUGCUGCUGGGCAUCCCUGGCUUGGAAGAAGCUCACAGCUGGAUUUCGGUGCCGGUGUGCUUGAUGUAUGUGGUAAUCAUCCUAGGGAACUGCACUAUUCUCCUGGUGAUUGCCACUGAGCAAGCCCUGCACAGGCCCAUGUGCUAUUUCCUCUGCAUGCUGGCAGCCAUUGACCUGGCUGCCUCCUCCUCCGCCCUGCCAAAAAUGCUCGGCAUCUUCUGGUUGCAGGCUGGGGAGAUCCAUGUCAGCGCCUGCUUGGCCCAGAUGUUCUUCAUUCACGCCCUCUCCAUGAUGGAGUCAGCCGUGCUCCUGGCCAUGGCCCUGGAUCGCUACGUGGCCAUCUGCUUCCCGCUGAGGUACAACUCCAUCUUCACCGGUCCCCUCGUUGCCAAGAUGGGCCUAGCAGCCAUGGUCAGGGGGACCCUGCUCAUGACCCCCUGCCCCUUUUUGAUCAAGAGGCUGUCUUUCUGCAGAGGUAAUGCCAUCCCACACACCUACUGCGAGCACAUGGCGGUGGUGAAGCUGGCCUGCGGGGACACCACCAUUAACCGUGUCUAUGGGCUGAGUGUGGCCUUGAUCGUCAUCGGCGGGGACCUGCUGCUCAUCGGCCUGUCCUAUUCCCUCAUCAUCCAGGCCGUGCUGUGCCUGACCUCCCGCGAAGCCCGGCACAAGGCCCUCGGGACCUGCAGCUCCCAUGUCUGUGUUAUCCUCAUCUCCUACACCCCUGCGCUCUUCUCCUUCUUCACGCACCGCUUUGGCCACAACGUGCCCCCUCAUAUCCACAUCAUCCUGGCCAACCUCUACCUCCUGUUUCCCCCCAUGUUAAACCCCAUCGUGUAUGGGGUAAGGACGAGGGAGAUCCGGGAACGGGUAACUCGCCAUCUGGAAACAAGAGAGCAGGUUGACAUUAGUUAG